AUGACAACCCGAGGUAUUCAGGUUAGUUGUCGAGUUCGCCAUGAGACUACAUAUUCGUGCUUCGAUGGAGUGUAUUCAGGUGAAUCAGCCCAGACAGGAAUGUUCGAAGCAGUGGGUCGACCUUUUGUCGCUGACUUACUUUGUGGGUUCAAUUGCACCAUUAUCGCCUAUGGCCAAACGGGAAGUGGCAAGACGUACACAGUCGUCGGAGGGCUUACGCCAGAGACUCGAGGCCUCAUCCCGCGUGCAAUGGAGACGAUUUUUGAAGAAAUGGCUCGUAUCGACUCAACCGAGUACGAUGUAUCACUUACCGCCAGCUUCGUUGAGAUAUACCAGGAAAAAAUACGUGAUCUACUACUUCCUCAUAGUUCGAGAGCUCUCCGACUUCGAGAGGAUAAAGACCAUGCGGUUUGUGUUGAAGGCGCUAGCGAAAUCGCCAUCUCAUCCGUGGCAGGAGGGAUGGCAAUACUAUCGAGAGGUAAUGCACAAAGAUCGAUCGGAUCAACUCUAAUGAACGCUGACUCGAGUCGAAGCCAUGCAAUAUUGAUCCUGACAUUCAGCAAGAAACACCUUGCAAGUGGCACUAAAGUGCGAGGCAGAAUGGUCGUCGUGGAUUUAGCUGGGUCGGAGAAAGUGCAAAAGACAGCGGCAACAGGUGUGCGAAUGGAGGAGGCCAAGCACAUCAACCGGUCUCUUUCUGCUCUAGGGAACGUGAUAAAUGCACUGACCGACGAUAAGAUCAAGCAUGUUCCGUACCGAGACAGUAAGCUGACGCGUUUGUUGCAGACUUCUCUUGGAGGAAACGCCAAGACACAUUUGCUGCUCACCUGCUCUGCCAACACUAAACAUUUGGAAGAGACUCUAUCAACUCUGCGCUUCGGCUCCAGGGCAAAGAAUAUUCAGAAUAGCCCUCACGUUAAUAAGGAGAAUGGUGGCGCUGCGGCAUUCUGCCCCGAGCUACUCACGACGUUGCAAAACAAGAUUGAAAACCUGCACAGCUACAUUCGUCAACUCGAGAUGACACGAUGUGAUGCUUGCAAGUCUCGUGGGUCAGUCCUUGGUGACCCCGCCAACACUGACGGGGGCAGCGUCGACGACCUUAUCGCAGACGAGUUGAUGCGUGCUGAGAUGCAAAGCUUACGAAAGGCCUUAACGAGCAUGAUGCGAGACCACGAAACACAAGAGCACGCGCACGAUGUCGCUCGAGCAAUGAUGGAAGUGACGGAGCAGCAACUGGACUCGCGUCAUCGAAGUCAGGAACAGAUUAUUCAUCAGCAACAACGUGAGUUGCAAGACGCUUGUGCGACGAUAUCUAGGUUGGAAAGGAAACUCGAAAUUCUAGAGGAGAAUGCUCAAGGAAUGAAAGGUGAGAACGCCGAGACUGAAAUCUUACGUCGGCGAUUAGACGCGUCGACAAAGCUCUCGAAGCAACUUCAGACGAAGCUGACAGCUUUGCGACAGGAACAACACGCUGUGGCUGAUUUAAAGGAGAAAUUGGAGAGCAAGGAGCACGAGCUGAGGUCACUUCGGUGCGAAAUGGAGGUGCUUCGUGUAAAGAUUCUGCCAGUCUCUUUGCCUGGUACCCCGUCACCUCUUCGCUCUCCCCAGACACGUCCCGUUACUGCUGUCGACUAUAAAAGUCUGUCGAGUAUUCGAGGCGACGCAAGAAACGCUGGCAUGAACAACAUUCAUAACUGGUGGACUGGCAGUGGCGACGGCCAUCCGGCUCACGACAACGGAGUGUGGCUUGAAAGACGCGACGGCUUUCCUUCUCCUGCGUCGAAAACAGCGGAAGGUUGUGCAGACAACAAGCGUGAAGACUCGCUACAUUCGGUCGAGAAUGCAGCUAGUCGAGUGAGUUCUGCUGCUCGGCCAUUCCGUGCUCGACUUGUGGGACUGCUGAAUUCCCUGGAAGAGGAGACAACAGCCUACAGGGAGCUAGCUGUGGAGACAAAAGAGCGCUCCGUAUCGCGCGGUGGAAGGCGCCAAUUGCCGUGUCUUGACGUGAUAGCGCCAACCAGCAACGCAAUAGCUAGACAAAGUAUCAAAGAUUGA